CGACACAAUUCCCCGCAAAAAAUGUAGAAGCCCCGUUGAUAUAGGUCCAACCAUCUUUGUCUUUCCUGGAAUUUUGAUCUUUAUCUACUACAAAUGCCACUUCUUGCUAGUGCCUCUAUCACCAUUCUCUCUCAUGGCUCCUUUGGUACAAGAAGUCCAUUUUCCUCAGCUUCACAUUCCGAUCACGAUUGACCGGAAAUUCCCAGUAUUACCAGCAGGGCCUAUUCCUGCUUCAGCCGGUGACAGCCUUUACCUCUCAAACCUGGAUGAUAUGAUUGGAGCGCGUGUUUUCACCCCAACAGUGUAUUUUUAUGGAUCAAACUCGCUGACAUCUGAAUCAAGAUCUCUCGCAGAUGUACUACAUGAUGCAUUAGCAGCUGUUCUCGUUCCUUACUACCCUUUAUCAGGUAGGAUGAGAGAAACCAAGAACGGAAAGCUAGAAAUCUUCUUCGGAGCAGGUCAAGGGGCUCUCAUGGUGGAGGCUCACUCCGAAAUGGUCUUAGCUGAUCUAGGAGACCUAACCGUGCCUAACCCAGGUUGGGAGCCUCUGGUUUACCGGUUUCCCAAUGAGGAGCCGUAUAAAAUCCUCAACAUGCCAUUACUUAUAGCUCAGGUGACCAUGUUUAGUUGCGGUGGCUUUAGCCUUGGCCUUAGGCUCUGCCAUUGCAUCUGCGAUGGGCUUGGAGCCAUGCAACUUCUGCGCGCGUGGGCCACCACGGCAAAGUCAGGAACUCUGGUUAUAGAUCCUGAGCCAUGUUGGGACCGAGAAAUAUUCCGGCCUCAGUAUCCGCCAGUGGUGAAAUUCCCACACACUGAGUUCAGGAGGAUCGAUGAUGGAUCAAGCCUCACGAAGUCCUUAUGGAUAGCCAAGCCGGUGCAGAGGUGUUACAAAAUCAGCCCGGAGUUCCAAGCCAGGGUCAAGACCCUAGCUAAAGAUGAAGCGUUCUCAUGUACCACUUUUGAUGCAAUGGCUGCUCAUAUCUGGAGAUCAUGGGUGAAAGCACUCGAUGUAAAACCGCGAGACUACCAACUCAGGCUUACAUUUUCUGUCAACGCUCGCCAGAAGCUCAAGAAUCCGCCAUUGAAGAACGGGUUUUAUGGUAAUGCUGUUUGCGUGGCAUGUGCAGUGAGCUCCGUGUCGGAGCUUAUUGACGGGAGUCUCUCAAGCACGACUUCCUUGGUUCAUGAAGCGCGGCUCAGCGUUUCGGAGGAGUAUCUGAGAUCUACGAUCGAUUAUGUUGAAGUUCACAGGCCUACGAGGCUUGAGUUCGGUGGAAAGUUGACUAUUACGCAGUGGACUAGGUUUUCCAUUUAUGAGUCGGCAGACUUUGGCUGGGGAAGGCCAAUUUACGCCGGACCGAUAGACCUAACCCCGACACCGCAAGUUUGUAUUUUGCUUCCAGGAGGAGAAUCCGAUCCCAGUGGCACGAUGGUCGUGUGCAUUUGCUUGCCUGAGUCGGCGAGUGAAAAUUUUAAAGAGCUUUUUAGUCUGAUAGAUUGAAGUCAUUCAUGAAAAGCAGUAGGGCUAAUAGCUGAAAAUGGUUCACGGUAACUUCGUCAGGUUUCCAUUCAAAUAUCGAAUUUGACAUAUCUUUGCUUGUCAAUAAAAGCAAGAAAAUUUACUGA